GUCAGGGCAAUAAUGAAAUACCUAAGAUUAAACCUUGUUCCCACAUUUGAAUGGACCAGUCAAAGUCCAGUGUCUAGGAAAUAGCACCAAGACCAAAGAUCCAUUCAGUCUAACUAAGCUUGAGUAUAGCUAAUACUUAGGGGUAAAUCUUAACCUUAAAUCUGUUUUAGAUUUGCAUAGAAGCUGAAUAGCACAUUGAUGGAAAGAGCAAACCUCAAAAGGCGUUUGAAGAGAUUUGCGUGUAGAAGCUUGACAUUAAUGUCAGAUAUUCUGACACACUGAGAUCAGUUAAUCAGUGUUAAAUUUCCAUUAUGCUUCUCUGGUUUUCUGGGCUGAUCUUUAGGUGUGCUUGAUCAAGGAAGUAAAUGGUUGGCUCAGGGUUUCCUUGCCACCUGUUUCAAGACAUUGAUCCUCCUCCCACAGGGUGUACAGUGAUCCAUUGAUCUGCUUUGAAGUACUGCCAGACGGUGCCGAAGUUAGGCUACAUGAGCAAUAAAAGGGGGGCUGUAUACACCACGAGUACCUGCUUGGUUGGGAUGGAGUGAAGAAUCAUCACAGUCUACAUAACCAGCAUGCCAUCCGCUGAUCUCAUCCUGGUGACCACCGUCUUUAUGGCCUUCAUUAUUACGCUCACGUCUGGUGGCAGGACCACACACUGGCCCAAACCUCAGAACACCAACAAGCCUCCUCAAACUGGGACCAGUGGUUUCGGUGGGGGAUUAAGGUCUGGACAGAUUGCUACAAAAAACCCAUCUCCCUCCAGCAGCCUGCACACAGAAGAAACAACUGGGUUUAUGACGGAUGGAUACUCCCUGUCCCCAACAGACAGCAGCAUCUUCAACAGUGAGGCUUACCCAACUGAGUACCUCACUGAUGCAAUCCUCCCCCCUGGAAAUGCCCCUGGAAAUUAUACAUUUGACUACAAUGAAUGCUUCUUCAAUGUUUGUGAGUGCUGUCCACCAGAGAAAGGUCCCGAAGGUCCGACUGGCGAAAAGGGGUCACCGGGGGAAAGGGGCCCUCCAGGUUUACCAGGAGAAAAGGGAGAAAUUGGACCCCCGGGUUCUCCGGGACCAGCUGGGUUACCUGGGCUCAGUGGAUUAAACGGAGAGAAAGGUGGAAAAGGAGAUCAAGGGCCAAACGGUUUACCGGGCUCCCCUGGAGUCCCUGGGAAACCUGGAGAAAAAGGUGAUUUGGGCUUCAAAGGAGAGAAAGGUGAAAAUGGGAUCAAUGGGCUGAAAGGAGACGCAGGAGAAAAAGGAGAGCCUGGUCACAAUGGAACUGUGGGCACCAUUGGACCUAUGGGUCCUCCAGGGACAGCUGGGACAAAGGGUCAGAAAGGUGAACAGGGACGUUUGGGAGAAUGUCUACUUGGUGAGAGAGGGCAGAAAGGUGAUCUUGGUGAUCCUGGGCCUCCUGGUCCAAUAGGUGAGAUGGGUCCUCAAGGAGCAAAUGGCAGUGAUGGUUCAAAAGGCGAAAUGGGGCCAGCAGGAGAGAAGGGAGACACUGGCGCAAGAGGGCCUCCAGGUGCAAGGGGAGUAGCAGGAAUGAAGGGGGAGAGGGGAGUUAAAGGUGUACGGGGCCCUCGGGGCCCAAAAGGCGAUCCAGGUGAGAGUUUGGAGCCGGUUCGUUCUGCUUUCAGUGUGGGUUUGUUCCCAAGUCGGUCCUUUCCUCCACCUGGACUGCCUGUGAAGUUUGAUAAGGUCUAUUACAAUGAGGAGGGUCACUGGGACCCGGCACUCAACAAGUUCAACGUCACACACUCGGGAGUCUACUUACUCACUUAUCACAUCACUGUGCGCAACCGGCCCCUGCGGGUUGCCUUGGUGGUUAAUGGGGUGCGGAAAGUGAGGACACGAGAUUCCCUUUACGGCCAGGACAUCGACCAGGCUUCCAACCUUGUCCUGAUGCAGCUCAGCGAGGGAGAUCAGGUGUGGCUGGAGACCCUGAGAGACUGGAACGGGGUUUACUCCAGCAGUGAGGACGAUAGCACCUUCUCUGGCUUCCUGAUUUACCCAAACUCAACUAUAAAAACAAGCGCUAUGAAAAAGAUUUGA